AUGAUCUUCCUAUCAACAAUCGUCUCCGGUGUCAAGCAUGUCAAAGCCAAGCUCUCGAGAGCCCGGGCCGAGCCCGACCGCAGACAAGCGCGCACGCCCCUCCGGAAGAUCGCCGCUGCAGCAGACCCUAGGCCCGAGACCGAGAAGCUUGCGGACGCCAUAGAUCUGCACGUCGGAGGCGUGCACGUCCCGUUCAAGGUGCUUACAGUCAGAGACAAGGGCAGAUACAAACACGUCAAAAUCUACGCCCAUACGACGGCCGACGACGGCGGCGAUCCCGACGAAACAAAGGCCGAGUCGGGGCAAAGGACGCGAAUCGAGGUUUCCCUAGUCACAGACAAAUGGUGGAAAGACGUCAUCGGCGAGAUUGUGUACGUCGCUGACGGCAACUGUGAUGACGGCGGCAAGGUCAUGUAUGUACUGUUUUGUAUGGUUGACCCAGAUGACGAGGUGGGGGAGGGCGAGGAGGAGUAUGUCGAGGUCCGUCAUGAGUUUGAGUCAGAGGAUAUUGAUCCCCUAUUGUGUCUUGGGGAGUGA